CACACUUCACACAUCAGCGCCGAACUGAAGACACUGCAAAGGCAAUGAAGCCGCUCCUGUAUGUGGCGCUCACCCUCAGCGUGACCGUCCCGGGCCGGGCCUUCUCCACGGGGGCCGGUCGGGCGUCCUGCGCCCACAUGAAGCCGGAUCACAUCCGCGCCCAGCCGCAGGACCCGCGGCGCACCUACGUCACGCUGCACACGCACACGCGCUCCUACCUCCCUGGGGACACGGUGGCGGUGGCCCUGAGGAGCACACGAGACUUCAUGGGCUUUCUGCUGCAGGCGCGCAGCUUGGCGGAUGAUCGCGUGUCGGGCGCCUUCGUGCUCACGCCUCCGGGGUCGCGGCUGCUUGGCUGCGUGGAGGACAGCGACACGGUGACCCACGCCGACAAGCUGCUGAAGCGGAACCUGUCCUUCGUGUGGAAGGCGCCGGACUGGCCCGUUGGGGACGUGCGAUUCCUCGUCACGGUGGUACAGUCCUACUUCGUGUACUGGGCGGGCGUGGAGUCAGCCGCGGUGCGAGACGUGACGGCGCAGCCUGCCGCAGAGGGGGACGCCACCGGAGCCACGCCGGGAGCCAAAGGGGGAGCCUACACUUCCGCUCCUCUGUCCUGGGGGGUGCUCCUUGAGGGAGGGGCCCCCGGGACACCUGAGAGGAAGAACAGGACGGAACACCCCACGGCCCCCUGGGAGGACCCCGUCCCGCCCACGGUAACCCCCAACCUGGAGCCGGCAGGGGUUCACAGCCCUGGGUUCGACACAACACCGCAGCCGUGUCACGAGUGUCACCGGGACAGAGGGGGCUCGGACACAGAGGAGCCUGUGCUGACACCAUCCAGCCCACAGGAGGGCGCUGCGGAGCCCUGGCUAGCCCAGCACAGCCUGCUCAUCGCCACCCGCCCUGAGGCUGACACCUCCACCAGAAUGAGGGCUAGACUCACUUCCCGGGCCACCGAGCCACCGGAGCGCUUCCAUUCGAAGCCAUUGAGCCCGGUCACCAAGGCCGCAAGGCAGGGCUCUGGGAGGCAGAAGACCGUCGUUUUCAACCAGAACAUAUCCCAAGGGGGAGAGGUGGGACCACCCAGGGAGGGGACGGGAGUAGGAAAGGGGGACGGGAUCCCUGGGAGGAACCCCUGGCCGAGCGGCACGGAGCUGGGCGUCCUGCUGGGCCUGGCGGCCGGCCUUGGGAUGGCGCUGGUGGCCGGACUGCGGUGCAUCCUCAGCCAGCACUGCCGCAAGCGUACGGUCGUCUCCCUCGGCAACCAGCCCACCGCUGGUGUCGCACACAUGCAGGAGUGUGGGGACCUGGUACACGUACGCAAGAUACGCCAGGACAGUUUCGCCAUGCUGCAGGCUGAGUACAGUGUCCUUGCCCCUGUGGGUAACUGA